UGAAGGCGGUUGGGGUUGGUGGUGUGCAGAAAACGAAGCAAGACGAUGGACCCAAGGUGAACGAUCCCAGGCUCCUCCCAGAGAAGUUUCUUCAAAGGACGGCCAAGGUGGUCUAUAUUUUGGAAAAGAAGCAUUCCCGGGCAGCUACGGGCUUCAUCAAGCUUCUGGCAGACAAGAACAGCGAACUCUUCAGGAGAUGUGCCAUGUUCUCACCUGUGGACCACAGAGUGCCCAGGGCCUACGUGUCCUUGGCCGAAUGCCCCCCAGACUUCAUGGCCAGGCCUGAGGACUAUUCCAGUAUGCUCUUCAUCUGCCGCAUCGUGGACUGGAAAGAAGACAGCAACUUUGCAACAGGGCAGUUGGCCAAAAGUCUCGGGCAGGCCGGGGAGAUUGAGCCGGAAACGGAAGGGAUCCUGACGGAGUACGGCGUGGAUUUCUCCGACUUCUCCCCCGAAGCCCUGGCGUGUCUUCCCCAGAGCCUGCCCUGGGCCAUCUCACCGGGAGAGCUGGCCAAAAGAAGAGAUUUAAGGAAAGAAUGCAUUUUCACCAUCGACCCGUCAACUGCCAAAGAUCUUGAUGAUGCUUUGUCCUGUAAACAACUCCCUGACGGGAACUUCCAAGUGGGUGUUCACAUCGCGGAUGUGAGCUACUUUGUGCUGGAAGACACGGCGCUGGAUAAAGUUGCGAGCGAAAGAGCAACGAGCGUCUAUCUAGUGCAAAAGGUGAUCCCGAUGCUUCCCAAGCUGCUCUGCGAGGAGCUGUGCAGUCUCAACCCCAUGCGAGAUAGACUGACGUUCUCCGUGAUGUGGAAGGUGACUCCAGAAGGCAAGAUCCUUGACGAAUGGUUUGGGCGGACGGUCAUCUGCUCCUGCGUGAAGCUAAGCUACGACCAUGCCCAGAGUAUGAUCGAAAGCCCCGGGAAGGUGUUCUCACCUGAAGAGCUUCCCCCUGUCUCACCUCAGCACUCAGUUGCCGAAAUCCAGCAAGCUGUGCUGAACCUGCAUCGAAUAGCCCAGCACCUCCGCAAACAGCGCUUCAUCGAUGGCGCUCUGCGCUUGGACCAG